UCCAACCUCUCCUCCCGUGGAUAGCAAACCACCCGCAAGAAGCAGAACAACCCGGGGAAGCCUCUCGAACCUUCCAAAUUCCGUCGAAUCCUUCCCCGUGCCCUAAUUCCCUCGCCGAAAUCGCGUGAUCCACCUCGCGAUCUCUUGGUUCCCAACAAUGGCCGACAGGGAGAAGGCGGAGGCGGAGGCUGGGGAGGAGGAGUACGAGAGCGACCUCGACGAUGCGCCCCUGGCCGCUCUGCGGCGGCGCGACGCGGCGAGCGACGACGAGGGGCAGGAGGACGCUGAGGACGGGGGAACGCCCUUGAGGCGGAGGAAGGCUGGAUCCGACGCGGAUUCUGACGGGCAGGGCGCCCCCGAGGUGUACGAUGAGGGCGCCUACGACGAUGGCGAGGAGGAGGAGUACGAGGACGAGGAGGAGAUGUACGAGGAGUUCGAGGAAGGGGGUGGCGGAGGGCGGAGGGUGGCUUCCGAGGCGGUGGCCGCAGCGGGGCAGGAGGAGGGCGAGGCGGGGGACGGGAAAGUUGAAAAGGAGGAUGAGGCAGCGCCAGGGGAAGAGGAGGAGAAGAAGGGGAACGAGCCCUACGCCGUGCCGACGAGCGGCGCCUUCUACAUGCACGAUGACCGCUUCCAGGAGGGCCGUGGGCGUGGGCGUGGGCGUCAAAGGAGGAUAGUGAACAGUAGAAAGUUGUGGAGUCCUAAAGAGGAUCAAGCCUGGGUCCAUGACAGAUUUGAUGAGAUGGAUCUGCAUGAUUUUCAUGGUGAAAAUCCAAAAAGAAAUCAAGGAGGUCACUUUAGAGGACGUGGUGGUGGACCCGGUGGUAGAACUCGUGGUAUUAGCCGUGGUAACUUCAGAGGCAACAUAUCUCGAACAUACUAUCAUGAUAAUAGCAAGAACUACAGCUAUGUUCCAAAGGAUUCUCAUUCUUACCAUGAAAACACCAAGAAUGUUCGACAUGCUUUGUACGAUAAUGGGAAGAACAGAGUUCCAAAACCAUCUCGUGCUCCCUAUGAUAAUGUCAGAAAUAAUGACAUUGUUCCCAAAGAAUCUCGCACUUACUAUGGUGAUGCUAAAAGUCAAAAGAAUACACCAAGAGUAGCUCGAGGAAGAGGCUCCAAGCGUUAUCAACCACGUUUGAGAAGUACAACUGAUACAUCUUCAAUGCAAAAUAAUAAAUCUCAGAGUCUUGAAGACACUUCAUCAAAUACCAACUUGGGACAAAACCAAGCCCAAACAUCAAAUUCUCGACCAGAACAAGUUCAUCCAAUUAAGCAAACCAUUGCCUCAAACUUGAAUUCGGCUUCGCCACCAUUUUACCCUUCGCGGUCAUCCAAUCAAGAAUUCCCAGUUAGUCAAGGAGGCAAUGCACAACUUAGUAGUACCUUAUUGAGAGGGAAGGCCUUCGUUCCAUCGGUUGGGCAUGUUGAAGCUGCUAUGAAGGGAAUGAAUAGACCUGCACUGCAUCCGGUUGCACUGUCAUCAAAUGGUCCAUUUCCUAUAGCCACUAAUCAAGCCAACAGAGAUUAUGUUCAGCCUGCACGUCCAGUUGUUCAACAAAAUCGAGUUCAGUCACCUACACAAUCAGCACCCAGGAUGCCUGCCCAGAUGUUUGGUGCAAGAUUCAGCAAUAGCAAUAAAAUCUCACCUGUACAACCUACAUCAACAGUUUUGAGUGAUGACCCAGAAAUUUCUUCACCCAGCGGAUCAAACAAAUUUGAUUCUCGAUUAACAGUUAAGGGGCAGCCUGGUGACCAAGGAGAAGAGCGUACUUCUUUUCUCUAUGGUGGAGCUCAGGUUCUUGGCGCUACAGGGGCAAUGGGCCUUACACUUGGUGAUCAAAAUUUUCAUGGUGCCCCAGCACUGCUGCCAGUUAUGCAGUUUGGAGGUCAGCGUCCAGUUGGGCCUGGUGUUCCUUCAAUUGGUAUGGCUCUGCCAGGAUUUGUGUCUCAACAACAACUUGGUCUCAGCAAUUCUGAGAUGACUUGGCUACCAAUAUUGACCGGUGCCUCCGGAGCUCUAGGAGCACCUUAUGGUUCACCUUAUAUAGCUGUGGAUGGAAGCUAUUACCCCCGAACAUCUGAACAAGCAUCUUCAUCAGUUUCUAUCAGAGAUCCUAGUGCAAGUAAUGCCUCUUCUCUGUUGAAGUCUCAAGAUAUGACAGAGGUUGCAGGUGAUGAACCCAGUCAACGCCAAAAUAAACCUCGUCGAUACUCGGAGAUGAACUUUGGCCAAUGAACAUAGUGAUGGUGGUAAUUAAUGAGAGGACUCUGUCUGCUUUGGGUCUGAGUAAGACCUGUGCAAGAUCCAGGCCUUCCUGAGUCCUUGCAACAUUUCACUGUCUGAUGUCUAGCACUUUGGGCUAUCCUGUAUCCCAAAAAUGCCAGGUUUGACAGCUGAAGGUGUCCAAACCCUCACUAUGGUCAUUUGCUGUGACUAUUCUUAUGGACUGGGGUUGUUACAUUAUUAGGUGAGAUCGUACAUGGUACUCUUAUGUGCCACAUUAUCAAGCGUUCACCACAUUGUUAUAAGCGUGAUGGUCAUGCCGGAAAUCGUGAAAGGUCUCUAUUCUGUAAAGCUCGUGUCUCAUGGUACUUGGGUUUGUGCUUGCUCGUGCCUGCCUUCUUGGCUCAUAGGACUCGACCGACUUGCAUCCAUUGUGUUUGUGAACCUGUAAACUUGUUAUCCGUCCACUGUGUUCAAUAUUUUUCCACGACAGUAUUACGUUUUAGUGGCUAAUAGCAUAGUGGCGUGAUUUA